AUGGCGGCAUCAACCUGCAAAGUCUUCGUGGGCAAACUGCCCCACACCCUUACAGAGGAUGCGUUGCGUUCUAAGAUGCAGGAGUACGGGCAUGUAGCUUCAUUGUUCUACAUGGCUGAUCAGCUGCAGCAGCAAACGGGUUGGGCGUUCGUUACUUUCUGCUCCCCAGCAGAAGCUCAAAGUGCUGUUGCAGGCAUAGACGGACAACUCACCUUCGAGGGAUUUGAAAGUCCUGCUGAGUGUCGCAUGGCUAAUCAGAAGCCAAGUGCUGCAGCAGCAAAGAAGGAGGCGGAGAAGAAAGAAGCUGCAAAUGCCCGUAAACCCUAA